UAAAUUCAUAUAAUUUGAUUGUAACAUAUUUAAUUGAAAAUAAAAUAUUUUAUAUCAGAAAUUUAAGGUAUAUAAACUAUGGGCCUAAACGCAGCUGUACAAGCUUUAAAGAAAGCAGAGCCCUUAAAGGAUAAAGUACAACGUUGUAGAGAUCUUUUAAAUGAUAGUGAUGCAUGGGUAUGCCAACAACAAUUACAGAAAAUAUAUCAACAAGUUCUGAUAUUAGAUUUGGAAUAUGCUCUUGAUAGAAAAGUUGAACAGGAACUUUGGAAUCUUGGAUUUAAAAAUUAUAUAGCAACUUUACAAUCUCAAGCAAAAGACAGGAAAAAUCCUAAACGUGGAGAAUCUCAAGCUUUACUUAGUUGGUGCUUAGAAGCAGCUAGUGGUUUUUAUUUAACAUUAUUACAAGAAAUUUGUACUGCAUUUGAUUUAGAUUUACCAUUCAGAAGGAAGGGUUAUAUUUAUGGAUGUACAUCACCAUGGAAAGCUAUUGAAAAGUUAUCAGUGCCUCAUAAAUCUUCAUGUUUUUAUGCAUGCCAGUAUUGUCUUGUGCAUUUAGGAGACAUUGCUCGUUAUAGAAAUGAGAGUAAACAAGCUGAAUUAUUCUAUAGGCAUGCAGUAUCAUUAUCACCAUCCAGUGGUCAACCAUAUAAUCAGUUAGCCCUUCUUGAAGCAUCGCGCGGUAAUAAAUUGGCAACUGUAUUUCAUUAUACACGAUCUGUUGCUGUAAAACAUCCUUUUCCUGUUGCCACAACAAAUUUGGCAAAAACAUUAUCUUCUGCUUUAAAUGAUACAUCAGUUAAUAUAGAUGGAAAAACAAAAUUAACUUCUCAAGAGUAUAUAGCAGUUUUUUUAAAGCUUCAUGGUGUGAUUCACAAUCUUGGAGAUCUAAAAAUUGCUUCUGCAUAUGCGAAAUUAUUAACUGAAACAUUAACAGCUUUAGUUGCAACAGAAAGUUUUAGCUCUUGGAUGCUUGUUCAAAUGUUCGUAAUUAAUUUGUAUGCUUUAGAACAUACAAGUGUCGUUGUUGGCAAUACUGAAUCAUUAAAACAGGAACAAUUAACAUCUGAUGAAAAAAUUGCUCGUGAUUGUAUUUUGGAUCUUAUAGCUGGAAGUUUGUCUGCCUUAUUGUUACCUGUCUAUACAAUAAAAAAUUCUAUUAUUGAGUAUUUUGCUUUGCCUUCUAUAAAACUGUGCCUUGAUUGGAUUCAUACAAAACCCACAGUUUUAGAAGAAUUAGCUUUUACAUCGAGGCUUCAAAUUUGGCCCAGUCUAUGUGUAUUAUUAAAUGCCUUGCAGAAUUGCGUAAUCGAUUUCACUUAUGAUCAAUAUAUUAAGGUACCACUGCCAGAGGAUCGUGAUCUUCAGGGAUUUUUACCGCUAGAAAAAAGUUUUGAAUGUUUAAAAUUUACGAGUACCGAUUUAGAAGAUAAUAUUGAAGCUUCCAAUAAAUUGCGAGCAAUUCGUAUCCUUCAUUUAGGUCAUUGUUUAGCACAAUAUAAAAUUAAUGGUACUGCAUUAAUUGCUAUUACAUUAGGAGAAGAAAAAGGUGAGAAUAAAUUUAGUUCUAUAAGUGAAGGAAAUGGAUUAAGCAAUGAAUUGAUGAAAGAAUUAGAAGAACUCAGUUUAAAUAGAGGAAGACAAUCUGUCGUAUCUACUAGUCCAGUUCUUUCGGAAUCUGCUAGCAGUAAAGGUUCUACAGAUGUUGAUAUAUUGGAACAUGCUCUAGAUAAAAGAAUAGGUAUCUUAAAACCUCAAGGUUCAUUAGAGCGAAGUAAAGAUACAACUUUAAUCACUGCUAUAGAAUCUAAUACUUUUGAAAACACUAAUGUGCAGCCUAGAAAACCAAGACAAAACAUAGCAAUGCAAACUAUAAUGCGACGGGCUGAAAAUGAACAAAAGCAAGUUACUUUUAAAAAUGUUUCUCCAUUAAACAUAGAAGAGGAGACUGAGAAAAAGCCUAAAGUAACUGGAAUAUCGAUAAGUCCAACAAAAGGUGUUACUCCUAGUGGAAAUAAAAAUAUAUCAGUUAUUGGAGAAAUAUCAAAGCUGAAUAAUACUUCAAAUACAACUACAACUCCAAUCACAGUUCAAAAUCGAUUACCAUUGAUGCCUUCUGUUACAACAGCUAUGCAAAAUCAAAUCAUGUCUUCUCAAAAUCUAGCAAAAACUACAAAAUUACAGCAUACUAUGUCACAAUCUACUCAAAUUAAUCAUCUCUCUAUAAAAGAACAGCAAGCAUCUGGGAUUCUAAAUUCAAUAUCUGGAAUAUCUCAAUGUGCAGGAAAUAUUUGUUAUCAAAAUCCAACUUUUAAUGUACAAAAUCCACAAUUUACAAAAAAUUACAUUACGAAUCAAAUUGGAAAUCUAUCAAGUUAUCCAAUUCAAGGACAUUUUACUGGUUCAGCAUCACAAUCACAGAAUAUAAAUUUACAUACAUCCAAUCAAAAUAGAACUAUGCAUCAGAGAACUCAUAUUGUAUCUCAGAAUACAUUGUUACAUCAAAAUCUUGGAAUUUUAUCUUCAACACAGUCGAUAAAUGCUUCCCAGAAUAUUAAUCCUCAACAGACAGGAAAUAUUGGUUUGCAGCAAAAUCGUAAUUUGAAUAUUCAACAAAAUCAUAAUUUGGCUCUGCAACAACAAAAUAUUAUGAAAAAUAACCUCAGACCAAAUACAAUAUCUUUACAUAAUCAAGCUACUUCAACUAUUGCUAAUGUUUCUACUUUGUCAACAUUAAAUACAUAUCAAAAGAAACUUCAUCAAGCUGCACUUAUGAUACCAAAUGUAUCAAAUAUACCAAGUAAUUCACUAAAUCCGAAUUUUCAGUUUAAUUUUAAGCAAAAUGAUUUUAAUCAAGAUGCCUUUAAUCAAAUACCACCAAAACAACUGUCAUCAUCAAUAUAUAAUAAAAAUUCAGAUGUUCUGGAAUUUUCAUUAUCUAAUCAUUUGGGCAUGUCAAAAAAUCAAUCUCAAUCUACAACAAAUUAUCCAGUUUUUCAAAAUUACGAAACUACAAAUUUCAGUUUAUGGAAAGAUAGUCACCAUUCACAGCUUUCUAUGCCUUGUUGGGGUUCAACAAAUAGAGGUAUACAGUUGCAUGAUGAAGAUACAUCUGUUAUGGAAAACUAUCAUAAGUGGGAAGAUUCUUCUAAUUCUGGAAAUAUGAUACCACAAAUUUCAUUAAAAACUUCAAACAAUUAUUCAUCAGAUUCUAAACAUAUGAAGCAUUUUAACACUGGAAACAAUUUUGAUAAUUCUAAAUCUUUAGAGGUAGACAACAAAUCAAAUCAAUCAAUCAGCAUAGGAAAUACUUACUCACUAUUUAGCAGUAAUAAUACAUGGGGAUCUAAUGCACAAAGUUGUAAUGUAUCAAAUCAAGAUCAAACAAAGACUAGGCUUAAUCAACAAUCUUUAUGGUUUGGACCUGGACCCUCUCCCUUGGAACGGCUUUUAGAACAACAAAAAUCAUUACGCGAAGGAGGUACCUGAAGGAAAGCAAUAUAAGAUUAUAUCGAAAUAUACUGAAAAAAGAUAUAUCCAAAUUAUGGAUGCAAAUAACCAAGGGGAUUAAACAAAACGUAUCAUAAUAAAUUCCAUCGAUCGUUUGAUGAAAUUAUUAAAUUUGUUACAAAACAAUAUCUAGUGAGAGGUUUUGUAGGCGUUUAGAUGUUCGUUAUAUAAAACGAACAAUACUCACGUCCAAAGCGUUAUGAAACGCACUGUAGAAAUAUAUAAAUGUUAAUUACUUAUGUUAAUUGUUACACGCAUGAUAGAAAACGAAGUUAUUCUGGUAGUUGACAUUACGCGAUGAAGUUAAAAAAAGAGGAAAAGGAUGAAAAAAUAAAAAAGAGAGAAAGAAGAAAGAAAAA